AUGGGGGUGACAGGUGCCAAUGGAUUUCCCUGCUGUACCAAGGACUCGGUGGACAUUAUAGACACACAGAUUGACAUAGGCCGACACCAGCUCCAGCUGACACAAAAGGAAGAUGAGACAGAGCUGGAGGACGAAUCGGUAGAGCUGGAGUCCCCACACGACGUCAACCUGGAACUGGAGACAGCAGCGGAGGACAAGGCUGUGCCACCGCUGGAGUGGUGCCUGGCCCCCACACUCAAGUCCGAGGCCACGCUGGUCUCCAACCCGGAGGCCUGCAGUGCAGGUGCAGACCCGGAGGAGCAGACCUACAGGAUCGAGCCCGUCCACCCCUACACGGACGAGCCGGUGCCACGGGACGCCUGCCAGUGGAGCAUCAGGUCGAACUCCAGCUACCCGAGUCACAUGGAGGAGGAGCAAGCGUCUGCCACCCAUCACUCCAUCCGCGUGCAGACCUCCAAGCACCUCUUCUGGGCGGACAAGCACAUCCAGGCCUCCGAACAGGGCCUGCAGUGGGAGGCCAGCAGGCAGCCUGGCCAGGAGAGCACAGCCCAGCCCGCCAGCUGCCCGAACCAGAAGUCGGUCCCCAAGGACACCCUGGGCUCCGAGAAGCCCCUCAGGAACCCCAGCCCCCAGCCGGAGCUUUCGGACACUGGCUCCGGGCAGCCACCGGACACCCACCCGCCCUCCUCCGAGCUCGCAACGGCCAUCAGCCUAGAAGAUCUGGUCAACUUCGCAACUUCCCUGGCCAUCGCCUCCUCCAGCAAGGCGGGCCUGCCCAGUUUGGGGCAAAUGAUGAAAGCUCCCCACGCAAAGGCCGCGGAGCCUGCACCCGCGCCCAUGAUGGAGAAUGCCACUCGGCCUGCCAAGGAGGAGCCAGAGCAGGAAAGGCUCUCUAAGUUGCUAGAGAAGCCACCAGAGAAACUGCUGGAAGCCGGGGAGCCAAAGAAGGCUUGCAAGCAGAAAGACCAGAAGUUCCUUCCCCCUUACCUGGACUGCAGCAGGCUGGCGCCCUACAGGGCUAUCAUUGAAGGGAAAGUGAAGUUUCUGCAGACGCCAGCCAUGUCCUCUCCACCGGCAGAAGACAGGAAAGAGAAUAGGUCCUCUUACCCAUCACCCUCCUCAGCGUUGGCUCUGGGCACAUCCCUCUCCCCUGACCCUCCCAUCGGGGCCCAAGUGACACUCUCUCUUUUGCAUUGCAGCUCGGUGCCAGGAACCAAGAAAGGGAGCCCAUUAUUGCUGAAAAUCCAUUUUAAGCUGUCGCCCCCCUCUCCCCCAGAGAAGUGACUAAACAAAACCAAUAAAGCC